AUGGCGCCAACAAAGCAGGAGCUCUCCCUGCUCAUCAACCCCCUCGUUCCCGAGGCCGUGCAGCAUAAUAACCGGGUCCUAUCCUCCCUCCACUCCCUAACCGCCUUCCUCCUCGGCCUGUCCGCAGGCAUCCUCGCCCUCCAAUCAACGGCCGGCUUCGCCUUCUACUUCACCGGCACAGUCCUCGUCUCUGCCCUCUUCCACGCCGUCCUCCUGCAGCGCUCCUCCGGCGCCGGCGCCGGCGCUUUCUUCCCCGGUAGCAGUGGCGGCGAGAUCGAGGGCCGCAUCAGUAUGGACGGUGGUGCCGUACGGAUGCAGAAGGAUGGGAAGCGGGGUGGGUUUGUGUUGCGGAAGGGUGCGUGGAGGGAUGUUUGGUUUGGUGGGGGUGUGUUGAGUGAGGCUUUGAGUGGAUUUGUGUUGGGGUGGGCUGGUGUUGGGGGUGUUUUGAGGUAG